AUACAUAUGUAGGCUGAUUUGAUAUUAAGUAUUGUUGAAUUAAUUUAUUCUGCCAUACCAAUUGUGUAUAACACUGAUAUUUCUGUCUCGAGUGUACUAUUUAAAAAUUAUUUAUUCACCUUAAAAUGGCAUAUUUAACUCAACCUGAUUAUGUGAGAUACAUUUGUACUUGCGGUCAACUGAAACCAAUCACUAGUUUAUACUUCUGUCGGCAUUGUUUGAAAAUACGUUGCGGUUUUUGUAUUUGUCAUGAGGUCGACUCACAUUAUUGUCCGAACUGCCUCGAGAAUAUGCCAUCAUCAGAAGCCAGAUUAAAGAAGAACCGUUGCAGCAGCUGCUUUGAUUGUCCCAGUUGCUACCACACUUUGUCCACCAGAGCUAGCUUGGUCCAACCUCGGCAGCAAGAAGGUGCUGGAGAUGGGAAAGUAGAAAACAAACAUCAAAAAAAGAUGUACUAUUUAGCUUGUUUCAAUUGUAGAUGGACAUCUAGAGAUGUGGGAAUUCCUGAUCAGCCUGUUGCAUCAGGUGGAUGGCCAGAGAGACCAAAUCCAUUUGCAACACAAAUAAAUCAACUCUUAGAAUAUUACAAGGCAAUAGCAUUACAAGAGAAACAGGAGAAAAUUGAAAAAGAAAGAAAAAAGUUUGCCAUCAGAGGGAAAUACCUAACACUCACUGAUAAAACGGGCUUAACUGGAGCUAUGGCAAGGAACAUAGCAGGACUUCCAUCUUCCGACUCUGGGUCAUCGUCCAUUAUCGCCAAAUUCGUUCCAAGCCAAGCCAGUGCAGAAGUUGAGGAAUUGCCUGAAGAUUACUUCACUAAAGAAGUCAACUUGAAUCAGAUAACCAGUAUGCCUCAACGUCUUCUAUCACCGGAGUGGCAGCCUACUGAUGUUUCAAGACUGCAUCCAAUAGCUAAACUAUUGAGUGUAAAACGUAGCCAACGGUGCAGGGAGUGUGACCACAAUCUGACUAAACCAGAGUAUAAUCCGGGCUCUAUAAAAUUCAAGAUUGAGUUACUGGCUUUUUAUCACAUACCCGAAGUGAAAAUAAUAUCAUACGAACCCAUGAAGGCAGGUGAGAAUUCAACUGUGUUGUUGAAACUGAGCAAUCCAACUGCUCACGAAAUGACAUUAUGCCUGAUGAAUCCUGAAGAUAUACCGCAAGUGGACAAUGAGGAAGAGCAACUUGAAAGUUCACUUGAGAAAUCACUCACUUUGGACAAGGAGUCCGCGCCGUGCAAGCCGGCCGCCGCGCCCGCUUGGCGCCGCACCGCCGCGCCGUGCGUCCGCGCCGUCGGGCCGCCCGUGCGCGUCGCCGUGCCGCAGCGGGACGACGCCGCCGAGUACGACGACGACGCCACGCACGACGCUAACGAUGUAAUCGUGUGGCGGAAGGCGAACAAGCUGGGCGUCCGUCUGCAGGUGGCGACGGAGGCGGGGGCGGCGCGGGGCGGCGCGGCGCUGCUGGCGCUGGCCCUCCAGUACUCGUACCGCAACACGGUGCCGCCCGCCGCCAACGCGCCGAACCAGAGGAAUCAUAUUCUGUACACGACGGCGUUGCUCUCACUGGGAAACGUAGCUUAAGUCUCCGAUUCAAAGCUGCAGUUUAUGCGCAUUAUGUUUUGUGUUUUCGCGAGUCAUAGAAUUUACAUAAUAGAAUAUUGCUACGCGCUGGGGUUCGGGGAUAAAUAAAAUUCCACCGAAGUAAAACUUAAAAACUAUUCAACACUUAAACACUUCACAAACACUUUAAAAUUCU